GCGGCGGCUGCUGACAGCGCAGCACUUGUAGGUCGUUCCCUGAGAACUGGGGGUGACUCGUGCCAAUUUCCCCCCCCCCCCUUGCAGGUACAGCUCGAGAUCUGUCUCGGAUGUAGGAUUAACUCGCCUGUUGAGAGAUGAUUUUGGCUGGAUUAUUUAAAGACACUUAAAGGCUGCGUCUCCCAGUGCUGAAGGACAGCCUGAGCCAUGGAGCCUCGGAUGCCUCACAACAUCACCGUGGUUCCCAGCCCCACCAUGGUGCCGCCCGUCCAGGACAGCCGCAUCCCCUACGGCAGGCUGCAGCGCCCCCUGAUGAUCCUGCCCAUCGACCAAAUGAAGACCAGCCACAUGGAGAACGACUACAUCGACAAUCCCACCCUGGCCCAGCUGACCGCUGCCAAGCACCCCCGGGGCCCCCGUGAGCCCCCUCUGCACCCCCAGCGAUGCGAGCAGGACAUCACCCACCCCUGGAUCUCCUUCAGCGGGCGGCCCAGCUCCAUCAGCAGCAGCAGCAGCACGUCUUCCGAUCAGAGGCUUUUGGACCACAUGGCACCGGCCCCAGUGGCGGACCAGGCCUCCCCCCGGGCGGUCCGCAUACAGCCCAAGGCCGUCAGCUGCAAGCCCCUGGACCUCAAGGGGCCGGCCUCCCCGGAGCUGGACAAGCACUUCCUGCUGUGCGAAGCCUGCGGAAAGUGCAAGUGCAAGGAGUGCGCCCUCCCCAGGACCCUGCCGUCCUGCUGGCUCUGCCACCAGGAGUGCCUGUGCUCGGCGCAGAGCCUGGUCAACUACUCCACCUGCAUGUGCCUGGUGAAGGGCAUCUUCUACCACUGCACCAACGAGGACGACGAGGGCUCCUGCGCCGACCACCCCUGCUCCUGCUCCCACUCGAACUGCUGUGCCCGCUGGUCUUUCAUGAGCGCCCUCUCCCUGGUCCUGCCAUGCUUGCUCUGCUACCUGCCGGCCACGGGCUGCGUCAAGCUGUCGCAGUGCUGCUACGACCAAGUGAGUCGGCCCGGAUGUCGGUGCAAAAACACGAACAGCGUGAUUUGUAAAGCCUCCCCAGAAGGGAAAGUUGGCGCCCGACCAGAGAAGCCGUUCUGAUCUCUGGGGAGGAAGGGAGGGAGGGAGGGAGGGCGAGAGCAGGGAGGAGGCGCAGGGGGCAGGGAGGAGGCAUUUCCAACCUGUGCUGUAGGUCUAACAUGUGUCAGCCUUUUGCUUUCAACAAAGACAAAUAUCUCUUUCGAGGAACCGAAGCACUUUGCAGAAUUCAGGGUUUUCAAAGUGGUGAUCCACACUUAUAGAGUGGAGUUCGGAAGGAAGGUUCUCAAUAUUUUGCAGAGCAAAGGCAGAAAACUACCACAGAGGGUAAUUGGAAGACUUCUGUUCUGCUCCUGACCAUUGGCUGUUUGCUAAGUUGACAUGACUGCAAGAAUAAUUAACAGGUUUGGCGGGUACAUCCGUAACCUGAGCAAGAAUUCUUAUCCCUCAAAGGCUAUUCUGUUCAGGGCCCCCAACCCCUUAAUGUUUCAUUAUGAUGGUAGAUUGCUGGCAGUAAAACGUUCUGUUUCUCAAUGCUUUAAUAGGAACCGUUGCCUACCACCCCUUCUCUCUCUCCCCGCCUUUCACCAUUUAAGAGAGAGAGACACACACACACAUACUGCUUUUCUAUACAUUGUGCAAUUUCGUUUCAGAUGACCUGCCUUGUUAGGUAGAAAUCACGACUGGGGCAGAUCAAGCCUCAGUUAAAGACACAACUGCAGGCACUGGAAAGUCGUCAUUUCUGCCUGUUUCCAGUGAUACUGAGGCCUUGAAGCAGCAACUAUUUCAUUGGACGUAACCCAUUAACUUCAAUUGGGCUAACUUGAAUGCAAGGUUUUGACCCUUAAAUUGCUGUGCCAAGCUUUGAGGCAGAAGCCCUGUUUGCUUCAUUCCCACCAACAGGAGUGCCUGAGACAGCCAGGCCUUUCUGCACCGUAUUUAAGAGAAAGGGGCUCUGAACCCCUCUUUGAACAUCAAUAAAUUCUAUUGCUUGGUCAAAUAGCACAUUCAGGAUUUAGGACACGGCACAAGCAAGACCAGAAAAAAAAACCAAGGCAUAAUUUUCAAGGGCACCAGUGUCACAAACUCUUUCAUGUUAAACUUAAGCAGCCUUCUCCCCACUGAAAAAAAUGGUGCUUAAUCAAAUUAAGCUACAAAGUAUUUAAGCCUAAGCUAAUAAAUCAUCCAUAUUUCACCCACCUCCCACCUUGCUCUUGCAAGGUCACUACAAACUGAGCACAAUGUAUUUGUACAUAUUUUGGGUUUGUUUGUUUUUAAAUAUAUAUCCAUGGAACCCCAGGCUCCCGUGAAAAACAGCCCUUUUUUUGGCAGAAUGGCAUUUGCUCUGGAUUUUAUUUCUCACUUUUUUGUUGCUGCUCAGUGUUGGUCUCUUCUGUAUAAUAGCAUGUCUUUGUAAAUACAGAGGACAUUUUAAUAUGUCUAUUUUAGGGCUUAGUACUUUGUGGGGGUGGGUGGGAGCGGCACUAGAGGUGUCUAGUUGUUACAAACUGCCCAAGCCACCCACAGCUUCUGGUUGCCAACUCUUUCAGGCCUCAUCUGUCUAUUCACACCUAUUAGGUCAGGGCCUGUUAAAUUUCUGUCAGGAAGGGAAGGCCGUUCCCCUGCUUAUGGCCAAUAUGGCUUUCCCUUAAAGAAAAGGGAUUAACCCUUUUCCGUUGAAAACCACAAGGUGCUAAGCAGAAAACAAUUGUCCACUAAUAUAUCCAAUCAAAGGCAGUGGGUAAAUGUUGCAUGUAAGAAGCUGAUCUUCUCCGCUGUUUUGUGACUGGGGAUGGCGGGUGGGUUGAACUUGGAUUUACUACACUGUAAUGAUUGCCUGAAAUUAUCCUGUUUAACUCAGCAAGCAGGAGGCAAAAGCCGCAAUUGCAUUCUCAAGCAAACGUGAUUUCUGAUUUGAAAUGAAACACACAUCUAUACUGACAGAAGGGAACCAUCUUUCGGGGGGAAGCAAUGGGGACAGAAUCUGCUCACUUUUACUUAUCAUGGGUGACUUUUAUUUUUUAAAAAAUCUGUAUAUAUUUAUUGAUUGGGAAAUAUUUUUAAUCUUUUUAUAUUUAUAAUACUUGCCAGUUAUGUACAUAGUAUUUCACAGAAAAAGGGAUACUACAUCUGUGUUGUCAGAGACUGAUUUGCAUAGCGUAGCCUUGCCAAGAGCUUAUUAGGCACACGCAGCUGGUGGGAACUUCUGCCCACUGAAAUGAACGGGGACACAUAGUGGGCUCUCCCGCUCAUCUCGGUGAAAAGGGGUUCACAAGUUCCUGCUGGAUUAGGCACCGUGUAUUGUAUAUAUAUUCUUGCACAAAAUGGAGGGAACCAUGCAAUGGGGGAGUGGGAAGGAAGAAGGAGAAUCUUAGCCAAAAUACUAUUGAAUGUAUAACUCAUUACCUGUUUGCAAGGAAUAAUAAACCAGGUCUUCGGAAUAUAAAUAAGCUGGACAUCCAGCAACACAUGCGAUGCUAUCUGUUGCCUAAUCCAGGAGUGGGCAACUUAUAGCUCUCUGGGUGAUUUGGACGACAAAUCCCAUGCUCUCUCACCAUUGGCUAUGCUGACGAAGGCUGAUGGGAAUUUUAAACCAAAACACUGGGAGGGUUACAAGUUGCCCAGCUUUGACCUAAGCCUACUUGCUCUUUUCUAUCUGAUAUUCCUAUUAGGGUGGGACAAGGAUAGUACUGCUCUGCUCAAGCAACAACAAAUUCCAGUUGGCUGGGCUGUACUCAGGUUGCAAGCAAACCAGUGGCUUGACUGCCAGGUUACACAUGUACCUACCUACUCAGAAUACUUCUAUAUUUCUGUUUUUGCUUUCUUUUAAUGAAACUGCACCUUUUAUUUUUACUGUACUUAGUUCUAAACCACUUACAUUUGCUUAUUGGUUUUUAAAAGCAUCAAAAUCUGCCAGGGUCCAUCUGAUCUAAGUGGAUCGUGCCUUCGAACAGAAAGGCCAGAAAAAGACCGACUUUGCAAAUGUAGCAGACUGCAGCUCCUUGUAUCUUCCAGGCCCCCCUCUGGUCCAGCAGUCUGUUAACAUGUUUCUCCAGCUCUUUCUUUCAGGCCUAGCAACAAAGUUGACAAGUCUCUUGCUGAGCAUUGAAAGGUUUCCAGGUUAGACCAGCCCGAGAAGAGCUGGGACAACAUUAUACUGUUCCCUUAGAUAAUCUCCACGGCUGUGCUAGCAAGAGGGUCCUUCUCCCUGCCCACAACCCACCAGCCAACACGCUGUUUCUUUAACCUUUUCCUUCCCCAGCCCAUCUCUAAAGACAGUCUGUAUUCCUUUUAACAUUGCCACUGAGCCAAAGACACUUAAGCUAUAGGGAUAGAACAAUCCGCCCCCGACAUUUGAAAUUACACAAAGCUCCCUGGGCUGCCAAAGGUCAGGAGAACUUACCUGAGCCUACCCUCCCCUUCCAUAUUAUCCCAGUACGUGACAUCCUGACUGAAUGGAACAUUGUUAAUUCAAAAUGCAGUCUCGUCUGCUGGCAGUGACAUCCGCUUCAGAGAAAUCCUUGUCAUCCAGCCCACUGUGACCUCCUACAAGUCAUUGAGCUUGUUCUGAGGGCUGCUCAUCUAAUUAAAGAAUAUUCCAAGUACUAAGCAAGGAUGUACAAGCAAGGAUGUGGUUCAAGAUGUACUGCAACAUUACUGAGCUGGGCAGGAAUGGGGAGUGGGUAUUGUGAAGGGUGGCACAAGCCUUCCUUUCUUCCCUUUCUGAAGCUCAGCCAUUGUUUUAGCAAACUAAAAUAUCUAUUCUCCCUCUUAAAUGCCCGUCUUGCAGCACUGUGCAUGUUUGGGUUUAUUUUAUUCAACUUUACAGAGAGUGGGUAAGAUUUCCCUCAUCAUUACUUCUUCCCUCAACUGAAAACAUAAAUGACCACAGAAGUUUUCCUUUGUAUAGAAUAUUUAUUUUGAAGAUCUAUUUUAAUAGUAUUUAUUUUAGAAGUCUACUAUUGUUAAGAGUUCUUCUGUUUGUGAAGAAAAACAAGUUAAACUGAAUGUACUGAUCUAGAAAUUAUAUAUAAAAUAUAUAUUGUUAAAUAUACAAA